GGCGGCCUUUCGUGACGGACGCAAGAUGGCGGCGCCCACCUUGGGGGACCACUGAGAGUGCUACGCCCGUAAGCAGCGCCGGCGGCAGCGAGAGACGCUACAAUGCGGUUGGCGAAGGUUGGUUUGCAUGGGGUCUUCGCCGUCUACAAGCCCCCCGGCGUGGCGUGGAUGGCCGUGCGGAACUCCGUGGAGACCCACCUGCUGAGAGGUGAGCCUUGGAAGAGGUUCGGCCGCGUUUCCUUGCCUUAUCCUGCCUCUCGAGUCCCGCUCCUUACCAUUGCAAUACAGAGUGUUUCGUAAUAAAUGUGCUCUUAACCAGGGUGGAUAAACAUAAAUGAUUUCUUUUUAUUAUUAUUAUUUAAAUAGAAUUUUUAAAAUAAUAUGCUUUUGGAGGAAAAAUAUUUCUAAAGUUAGUUUUCUGUUUAAGUUACAUAAUAGUCCAGAGCCUAAUCAUCUGGAAAUAAGGAUUUGUUUUAAGUUUUUCAUGUGUGCUAAAAGUCUAAGCUUUUUUUUUACAAAAUCGUCUAACCGCACCAGUUAACAAACGUGGAUACAUAGGGUAUAAUGUUAUUGUUUUAGUUAAAUAAGUUGUUUAAAUUGUUAUUAAGGAAAUGAUUAUUUUUCUGCUUCCAAUAGAGUACAGCAGAAAAGUUGUCCGAAUAUAAACAAUAAUUUCAUAAUUAUCUGUCUAUGUAUUUCUAAUAGUAUAACCAAAUCAGUAAUUUUUGAUAUAAGUGUAAAAACUACUCUGAAAAUUUAUUAUUCCAAAAAUUAAACCUUCAUCUGGUUGUCAGUCCCUUCUCCCUCCUGGGGAAAAGGCCCCAAGCGCCGCACACAUGCUCCACGCAGCUCGUGAAAGGCAGUGCUGAGCAGAGCCUGGGAUGCAUACAGGCUCUGUUCAGCACUCAGCACUUUAAAAAUAUUUUUUUUCUUGCAUUCCCCUUCUAAAAACUAGGUGCGUCUGAUGGUCAGGUGCAUCUUAUGGAGCAAAAAAUACAGUAAAUCAAGACUUACUGACUUAUGAUUUAAAUCACAAUUGAAAUCGAUUUGAUUUAAAUCACGAUUAAAAUCGAUUUGAUUUAAAUCUGGCGAACCAGAGCAGCGCACAGAAACACUGUUUACCUUCCUGCUGGAGCGGUACCUAUUUAUCUACUUACACUUUGACGUGCUUUCAAACUGCUAGGUUGGCAGGAGCAGGGACAGAGCAAGGGGAGCUCACCCUGUCGCGGGGAUUCGAACUGCCGACCUUCUGAUCAGCAAGCCCUAGGCUCUGUGGUUUAACCCACAGCACCACCCGCGUCCCCUAUUAAUUAGUUAGCUAUACCUUACAAAAAUAAAUAACCAGUUUUCUUCAUUAUUAUUUUUCUUUAGACUUGAACUCAUUCAAGCGACCAGCACCACGACGGCUUGUACGUUUCCUGCCUAGCAUGGUGGAAGGGAAGGAUGGGAAGGAAUUGACUAUGACAGUUACGCAGCUCCCAGCUAUGGCUGACCAUCCUCUAGGUGAGAUUUGAGCAGGGAUGUAGGGUGGACAAGCUGGCAUCCUGGGCCUGAUGAUAUCAGGACUAACUUAUCCUUUUCAGGGACAGUGAACAUAGUGGCCUCCGGAUGUUCCAACCCCAAUCAGCAUGGCUAAUGGGUAGAGAUUAUGUGAAUUGUAGUCCAGCAUCUGGAGGCCAUCACUUUGCCUAUGCCUGAUUUGUAUCUACCUAAGAGACUCUGCUUUUGAGUCUUGCCAAUGUAUGAAUUGUGGCAGUGUUUCUUAAACUUUGGUCUCCUGCUGUUGUUGGACUACAACUCCCAUCGUCCCUGAGCACAGGUCCUUCUAGCUAGGGAAGAUGGGAUGUGUAGUCCAACAACAGCUAGGAAGUCCAAGUUUGAGAAACAGUGGAUUAAGGUAACGGACACCCACUGAUGGGGCAUUCUCAGGUGUGACACCUCUCUUGCCAAUCCUUGGAUGUUGGGCAAAGGUGGGAUAGGAAAAAAGCCUUCAGGAAUCUCUUCAGUUCUGCUUGUUCUUGGUUUGCUACAUCUGCUAUCACUUUCUUAUUGUGUUCUGCUACUUAUUGUGUUUUCGGUUUGAAUUGUUGUUAGCUUUUGCACAACGUUUUUGUUUGUUUGUUUUUAAUUCCUAAUCACUCCAUAAACCAAGGGGUAGCCAACAUAAUGCUCUCCAGAUGCUCUGGACUAGAAUUCCCAGUUGCUGGAAACUGCAGGAGGGGGAGAAUGCUCUUGUGCACAGGUCUUGCUUGUGGGCUUCCCACAGUGGGCAUCCUAUUGGCCACUGUGAGAACAGGAUGCUGGACAACAUGGACCACUGGCCUGAUCCAGCAGGCUCUUCCUAGGCUCCCUAUAUGGCCAAUAGGUCCGGGUGAUUUAUUGAUCUGUCGUCCAAAACCGGUUUAAAGUCCACAUCAUGAUAAUUGUUUCCAAAUAUUUGACCCGGUGGUAUAUUGCAAAUCACAUUGUUGGAAAAACUGCAAAGCCAAUGGAUGCUUUUCUCGUGUUUCCUGCAACAGUACAACCCGUACUCAGCUCUCUCCUGCCUCCUGCAGGGGGCAGCAAACCACAGAGCAGGCACAGAGGAAAAUUGCCUUGCAGGAGCUUUUUUCAGGCAACGCCAUGAGCUUCUUGCUUUAAGUGUAGGGACUAGGCAGACUGGUGGGUAGGUGGUUGAGGGAGGUGUCAGUCUGAGUUGUCUCUAGGCUUUGUGCUAGGAGCCCCUUUUCUUCCUUCCUUUCUCCAAUAGGGUUGUUUACUUCUGAGGAUGAUUCCAGAGUGGGAUAAAAUGUGGCUGCCCAAUUCCAUUCUCCUCUGGAGAGGAAUUUGAUGGUUGUCUGGAAACUCCUUCUAUUUACCCCCUGCUAUGGUCUGUUCCAGCAUCUGUGGCUCCUCAGUCUCAAAGUUUGCAGUUGACCCGCAAUCUUGAUUCAGAUUCAGAGGCUGGGUUAGAAUGUCUUGUUUUUCUCUGGCCUUUUAGUUUGGUUUUCAUUUGGUGCCAGAUUUUCUGCUCCCUGCUGAAAUUUGUUGUUGGAUUUUUAUUAGUUACUCAUUUUAAUUCCACUUAUGAAUUGCUUUGUUAAAAACAUCUCAAAAUUAUUUAUUUAUAUAUAUAAAAAGCUUCCUUUGUGUUUUCUUUGAAUUAUUUACUGUCUUGGUGAGAUCAAGUUUUGUGCAUGCUUUAAAAAAGCGAUCUUGAUUUUCCUUUACAGUUUCUGGACCGAUAUUCAGACACCUGAAAGUUGGAGUAGGCCACCAUCUGGAUCCAAUGUCCUCUGGAGUGUUUGGUAAGUAAAAGAUGCCUUAGCCAGUCAUUGCUAUUAUAUGGUGCUCCCAGGAGCAUUAUUUCACUGUGGCUAAGGUACAUGUGGCCAAUAAAUUGGAUUGCAUCCCAAAGCAGUUGCUAAUCUGGGCCCAAUUCAAAGUGCUGGUUUUGACCUAUAAAGCCUUAAAUAGCUCAGGACCACAAUACCUCAACGGCCGCCUCUCUCCAUAUGAACCUACCCAGAUCCGGCAAUAAUCCUCUGAGGCCCUUCUUUGUGUGCCUCCUCCAUGAGAGGUCCAGAGGGUGGCAACACAAGAAUGGGCAUUUUCUGCAGUGCUUCCCCUCCUCUUUGUGGAAUGCUCUCCCCAGGGAGGUUUGUCUGAUACCUUCAGGGGAAAACGUUCCUUUUUAACCAGGCCUUUGAACUGAUUAACAUAUUAAACCCCUUUUAAAUGUGUUUGUAGGGGGAAUGUGUUUUUUUGUUCUUGUUUAUAUCUUGUACUUUUAUAUUGUAUUUUUAUGUUGUGCACUGCCCUGAGAUCCACAGGUGAAGGGUGGUAUGCAAAUUUAAUUAAUUAUCAUCAUCUAUAGUUCUGCGGGGGGGGGUGUCUAAAUAAUCCCCCCCUUCUCUCAUUUUCCCCUACUGUUGAAAUCCAAAGCCAUGUACAAAUUCUUUCUUCCCAGUCAGACUUAAGGCUUGCCAUGAUCCAGGUGUAUCUAUUUACCUGUCCCUGGAUUUGCAGUCAGAAAAAGUGACCUUUUAAACUUUGCCUGCCUAACUCUCCCACCCCUUCCUUUUUAUAUUUCAGUGCUUGGGGUGGGUAAUGGCAACAAGUUGCUUCAAGCCUUGCACGAUGCUCAACUCACCAGGGUAAGUAUUUAUUUUAAUACAGUUAUAAGUAGGGAAUUAUACAUUAUUAUUAGACCUUAGAGAUGGAAGGUACAUUGGGGUCCAGCCCCCUGCCUAGUGUGGGGUGUGCAGUGUGCAGGAUGUACAAUGCAUGAUGCAGCUACAGAAUCCCUUAUGGAUGCCUACCUGGCCUCUGGUUAAAGGCCUUCUACAAAGGAGAGCCCACCACCUUCCAGCACUUUCUUUUCCACAGUUAGACUGCUCUUGUCAUUGGGAAGUUUCUCCUGAAGUUUAGCUGAAAUCUGCUGCCCUUCCAGUUCAACCAAUCCAUUCUGGUCCUGCCCUUUGGAGCAACAGAGAGCAAGUCUGCUUUCUGUUGCUCCAGAAAGCAGAUAGUUGAAGACAGCAAUUGAAUAUUUCAUUAAAUGCUGCUUCUCCAGACUGAACAUCCUCAACUCCUUCAUCUAUUCCUCUUGGUACUUAGUAGCCAGACUGCACCGUCCUAAAGGUAAAGGGACCCCUGACAGUUAAGUCCAGUCACGGACGACUCUGGGGUUGCGGUGCUCAUCUCGCUUUACUGGCCAAGGGAGCCGACGUUUGUCCACAUACAACUUCCGGGUCAUGUGGCCAGCAUGACUAAGCCGCUUCUGGCAAACCAGAGCAGCGCACAGAAACACCGUUUACCUUCCUGCUGGAGUGGUACCUAUUAAUCUACUUGCACUUUGAUGUGCUUUCGAACUGCUAGGUUGGCAGGAGCAGGGACCAAAGAACGGGAGCUCACCCUGUCACGGGGAUUUGAACUGCCGACCUUCUGAUUGGCGAGCCCUAGGCUCUGUGGUUUAGGGCACAGCGCCACCCGCAUCCCGCCUGCACCAUCCUACUGGUGUACAAUAAUUUGAAACCCGUGGGGCGCACUGCGGGGCUGGAAUCUACCUGCCUCCUCCCGCUCAGCUGCCCUACAGCUGGGGAAAGGCAGUGGGCGGACCGAUUGGGUAGCGCCAAGCCUGCGUGUGCUCAAGCCACCACAUCUCUCCCAGGAGAGACGCAUGGCUCCGGCGCACUGCAGGCCCCGUGGUGAGUGCCAGCCGGCGUUUUGUCACACACACCCCAGUGGUGACACCCAGGGCAGACCGCAUCUACCACACCCCCUUCCUCCGCCCCUGGUCCAGACCAAGGCAAACAAUAAUACUGGGUUUGGACAACAUCGUAAGUCAAACUAUGUUUUAAAGUGAAACCACAGCAGGACUGAAGGAAGAGUAAAGUGGCCACAAUCUCUUAUCCAGGAUGCCCACACAUUUGUUGUGCAUUUGCACCAAGCUCAGACAGUCAGCCCGAUUGAAUUUUGGGGCUUACAAUUAAGUGUGUAUUAGGAUUGCAGUUCUAGUCUUGCAGCAACAGCUAUUUUGUUGCUUUGAUGCAACAAUACAUGGAAGUAUGUGUAGGACCCUUCUCUCUCUCUCUCUCUCUCUCUCUCUCUCUCUCGUGUGUUUCGCAUAAGCCAGGGGCAGGCAGACAUCAGGAUUGUGGAAUCUACUUUGUUUACUAGAAACAGCUGGAGCCAGGUCAAAAUGGGGAGAGGCACACAUAGAAUUUAUGAGCAGGGUGCAUCUGAGCAUGUGUUCUGGAAACUGUUUUCAAUUACAAGAACUUUACUCUUAUACGUAAAGAAAGAAAGAAACUUCAUUCACCAGCACCACCUGAUUUCAGGGGCAGGGGGAGUGAUCCCUUUUGUUGUUGCUGUAGUUAAACAAUUGGGAGUCAGAAGUCCUUGCUGAUCUACUGCAUAUAAUUCUGAGAUCAGCAGAAGAGCCUGGCUGCUGGAUUCAUCCACAGGUCCAUCUAGCCCAGCAUCCUGUUCUCACAGCAACCAGCCAGAUGUCUUGGGGAAGCCCUAAAACAGGCCAUUAGCAGAGUAGCCCUCUCCUGCUGUUGUUAAUCUGGUAUUCUGGUGCUUUUGAUCCUAGCUGUCAGGACUAUUAGUCCCCUUUUAAAGCCCUCCCAAGCUGGUAGCUAUCACUAAGCAUUCCAUAGCCUAAGCCAACCUUUCUCAACCUUGGGUUCCCAGAUGUUGUUGGACUACAACUCCCAUCAUCUCUGACCAUCACAACUCCUGAUGAUGGGAGUUGUAGUGCAACAUCUGCGGACCCAAAGUUGAGAAGGGCUGGCUUAAACCCACGCUCACUGCUGUGUCCUUGUUUUGUGUUGAGCAGUAACUACAAUCGGGGGUUUGGGCUGCCUGGUUUUCUUGUAAAGUGUUACCACUGUAAACUUCUCUCACCAUGCAUUUCUUCCUUUCAAAGACUUACACAGUUAGUGGCUUGUUUGGCAAAGCCACAGACGACUUCUCGGACACGGGCAAACUGAUCGAGAAGGCAACAUUUGGUAAGUUUAUCCACAGGGAUAGGUGUGGGGAACCUGUGGUGGUUCAAGCUUACCUAGGUACGGCUGUGGGCAGGUUUCCUGCAUUUUAGGGGGUUGGACUAGAUGACCCUUGAGUGUCCCUUCCAACUCUACAAUUCUAUGAUUCUCCCCUGUCUCUCUGAAGCACAGCACUCAGUCAGCCGGUCCUGAAAGCCCCGCUAGCUCAGCCUUCAUCAGGAGAGAGUUUGCUUUCUUUUCCACUGCCCAGAAACCAACUUGAGUUGGAUUCCAGGUGCAUGUUUUCCUCUUAGGAGGAUAAAAGGUGAGCCCAUCCCCCAGCAAUGUUUUGAAACGGUGGAGUUUUAAAGCAUCAUAUAAGUAUCUUGAGUUUGCUUUAUAUUUUACUGUGUGGUGGCUCCUUCCUCAUCCUGACCCCCAAAACCACUGGGCUCCUUUUCAUAUUGUUUUCACCUGGGAAUUUGCUUAGGAGGCAGCAACAUGUUUAUAGUCUGUGUUUGAAAUAUAUGUAUUUAGCUCCAGGCUGUUGGAUCACCUUGUCCAUCCCUCUAAGUACUGUUUUCCCCCUUUCUUUGUCUGCAGACCACAUCACCAGGGAACAGCUGGAGAGGAUCCUUUCUGUUAUCCAGGGGUCCCAUCACAAGGCUUUACUGCAGUAAGUAUCCCAAACACGGGGGCUGUACCAGAGCACAGGGGCAGAGUGCCUGCUUUGCAUGCAAAAGGUCCCAGGUUUGAUCCCUGAUGGCAUCUGUUCAGAUAGCAAGCCGCAGGAAAGACCUUUCCCUGAGAAACCCCUGCCAGUCAAGGCUGACAGUAGAUUGGCAGAUAAAUGCUGCCACCUGUCAAAGCUGGCAUGGACAAUACCCUGUUCUGGUGCAAUAAGGUAGCUUUUCGUGCUCCCAAAUCUCAAGGUUUCAGGUGAUGCUUUUGCUGUCACUUGGGGACCAGUGGGAGAUGCUUGCUGCUUUUGCUGCAAUGAGACACCUUCUGCAAGAUUUAAGGGAAAGGGAGGGUGUGGGGACUUUCACACCUUCUUUGUUUCUUAUGCUGACCAUUCCCCAAAGAGCACCCACUCCGCUCCCCAUGUACAAGAAGAAGGUUAUUGGUAUUGGCAGGCCUGGGCAAACUGCUGAGCUUUGCUGAUCUUCCUUUCCCUGUCGUGGACCUUCAGAUAGCUGUUGCUGGACUCACAACUGCCAUCAUCCCAGGCCACUGGCCUUGCCAUCUGGCUGGGGAUGACUUCCGCAGAUCAGUAGGCAUGGCGGUGCCUUCCCUCUUUGCUCUUAUAUCCCAGCACAUCCCAGCCUGCAACCCUCCUGCGCCUUGCAAAACGACACACAUACUGAAGGCACAAUAAAUGAAAUACUAUUAUUAUUAAUUAGUAAAACGAUUAGUCAUUCUUUGUGAUGGCAACUCAAAAUUUUGUAAGCAAAAAACAAACUCAUACAUAACUGCAUUAAAAUCAACACACACAGUCCCACCAUUCCACCCAUGCAAAAGGGCAAUAGCUAGUUAAAAGCCAAAUACCUGAUUAGAAAGUAUGUUUUCGUGUGACAUCUAAAGAUAAGAGGAGGCUUGUUUCUCAGUGGCUCCUGACCAGGAUGAACAGGCUGCGGUGCAGUUUGGAGAGAACUCGGGUUCUCCUCCAGACCCUCCUCCUUUCCACUCAUAGCAUCCCCAGGAGCCCCUUGUUUACUUUGUCCAUAGAAGCAAAGUUGGCUCUGGUUUGAGGGAUACCCUGCCUGGGCAAAGUACCCCCUGGUGGAGCCCCUCUUAUGUUAGCAGUGGGGUGGGGGCAGCAGCAGCAGCAGCUGUACUUCAAGGUGGCGGUAAAGCUGGCAUUUAUAAUUUCAUACAUUGUUCUAGAGCGCCCUAAGUCAUGCUACUCUUGGAUGCUCUGGAAGUGUAAAUAAUGGAUUGCAGGCCCUUCCAGCUGUGGGGGGUGGGGAGGCUGGCACAGCAGGCAACUCAGUGCUGGGUAGGCCCUGGCAGCUGCUGCUUUCAGACCUACACAGGAAUGAAUGGUUCUUUUCGUUCUGUCCCUCCUUUUGUAAAAAAUGAAAGUUGUAAUUUUCAGGUUACUAAAUAAUCAUGCUAAAUAGUUUGUGUGGUAGAAUGAUGGACAUGAGCUAACAGAGGGAGUAUGGUGCAACUCAGGAAUGGUUUGAAUGUUGCCUAGCUGGCCUUAGGUGGGCCCUUUUUUUUUUUAGCUCCUUCCCAACUAUUUGCAAUGUGUGCAUAUUGACCUGUCUUACAGGGGUGCUGUAAAGAUUAGUGAGUUGUGAUAUGUAAUGUGCUUUGAAUGCUCCAAUGCGCCUAAUUGACAGCUAAGUAUUAAUUGCUAUUCCUAUUUCACUGGAAUUCCCAUUACUAAAUAAAUGACUUGGAGAUGUAUCUCUCCCUCCUUCUAAGGUGCCAUACAUGAUUCUGCACUCACAUCCCAGUGAGAUUCAUGGCUGAGUGUGGUUUCCCCAUUCCAAAUUUGCCUCACUAGCUACUACACCUGCCUUUCCCAACCUUGUGCCUUCCAAAUGUUGCUGGAUGGCAACUCCCAUGUUCCUUGAUGGUUAACUGUGCUACCUGGGAGUUGGGAGUUUGGCUUCCACCAGCCAAAGCUCUCUGAGCUUCCCCUAAAAUAGAGGCUGCGCUCAUAGAGGAUGGAAGAGUUGAUAGCCAGAAGUUAGUUUUAUAGAGACAAAAGGGUUUUUCUGGGCUGAAGCAACAGCACCUUUCCUCCAAGACAUUCAUUGGGAUGGGAGCUUUGCAUGUGCUCUUUAGAUUAAACAUCCUGGAGUUGGAAGGUGAAAACUGUUUGCUGCAGGUGGGGCUUGCUCUGCUUCCAGGCCCUUCCAUAACUAGGGAAGUCCAAAGGCCCUUACGCCGAAGGUGAGCAGGAGUGCUGGGGUGGGGUGGGAGGUCAGUCAGCCAGGAGCCCUGCUGUCCUCCUCACCCCACAUCUUGUUUCCUUCUCUCCCUUAGGCCGCCUCCGUCCCUUUCCUUCCUUCCGCUGCGUCAUUACUGCCUGCCCAGAGAGCAUGAGGAGCUGAAGAGCUCCCAGCCUCUAAGCUUCCGGAGCAGCCGUGCCCACCCUCGGAAAUGGAGUGUGGCGCAGUCCAUGGGCAGCGACCAUCAGAAGCCAGUGUGGCGGGUGGUGCUGAUUUGUGUCUCAGGAAUGGCAUUUCUAGCGUGGUGUGCGCUGCGCCGCAAGACUGACAUUGACAGGCUUCUAGAGGAUGCCAUGGAGGAGGACUCCCCAGAGGAGGAUUCCCAAAGGCCUCCAUCCGAACAGGGGAAGCCUUGAUGCAGGGGUGGUGGGCAAGGACCUCUUGCCACUCUGGAUUCCUGAUUCCACCCCCCAGGCUGGGUCCCUGGAAACUGCUGGUUCUAUGGUAUGGGUGUGCAUUAAAGCAAAGAAGACCGCCACAGAGGACGUCAAAAGAUAUUUCCUGAACACAGACAGCAUAGUUCUGUUCCCAGUAGAAAGCAACGCAGAAAGUUCUUUUUCAAAGCAAGAGAAGCCAUCUGGUGGAGCUCAAUUGGUUAAAGAGGGACGCUAUUCUGUGUUGCAGGCACACUCCCUUUUAUGUGUGAAGAGAAGGAAAUAUGUCUGAACAUUGUGCAGCUGCUGAUUCUGUUGGCUCUUAAUGCUUGGUUGUAGGUGGUUUAAAAUAAUAAAAUAAUAAUUGCCUAGAUCCAGGUUUGAGGCAAAUACUCUCUUGGUGAGAGAGCCCCAGGAGAGGUUUUAAAUCACAAAACAUGCAACAAAGAAAAGCAUGGAAAUAUAGGCUGUUAGACCCCUCCAAGUUUCUUCCAAAGUUCUCCUUUACUACUCCUUUAGCAUGGAGCGAGCAGCCCAGAAGUCCUUUCUGGUCAGUCUCACAUGAUGGAAGAGGGUAAACAAAAGGCUUUGGUAACCCUUCCUCUUGAGUGAGGGGGCGUGACCUAGUUAAACCUGGCAGAAUUGCUUACUCCAAACUGUCGCGACAUGUUAGUGUGUCAACUGCAGUGUGUAGGUGCAAACGCUCCCCGUGCUCUUCCUGAGGCUGGAAAGGGGUUUACUGAGUAAAACUGAAUUACUGUGUUGCAAAAUGAUGCAUGUCUAAAAAGUUUAUCACCAACAUGAAAAGUUUGCAAAGCUCUGGCUUACUCUAUGGUCUUAACCUCUUCAUGCAUUAACUACAGCAGGGUGGCGCAACUUUUCAUACCAAUGGGCCACAAGCAUACUUUGACACGAAACCUACAGGCUGCCUUGUCACAUGGGGGUGGGUGGGCCAAGGCCAAAAUUUGAAGGCCCCGUCCCCAUCCCUCAUGCUGCUUUCCCAGAGCCAGCUGUGGGAAGGAGGUGUGAGGCUCAGGCAAAGUCCUAGAGUGCCUUCCCAAAGCUGGCAAAAUGCUAACUAGGCUUUGGGAACUGUGAGGACUGCGGGGUGGGUUGAUGGGUGUGCCAAAAUGUUGCUGAGGGCCGGGCCAUGCGUUGAAUCACCCUGAACCACAGCUAAGCAUGCUGUAUCAUCCCUGACCAUUUGCCAUGCCGGAUGGAGCUGAUGGGGAUUGGGAGUCCAGCAACAUCUGGGGGACCACAGGUUCCCCAACCCUGGACUACUCCUCUCAUGGAGUAUUGAUACUUCUUCCCACCUACUCCCCACCUAAUGAUAAAAUUGGAGAAAACAUGAACAGAAGUGAAUGGCCUGUUAGCUAUUUAAGGAUGCAAAUCCCAUAUGCAUGACUUGUCUAUUCCAAAAUAUCUCUUGUAUACAUCUGAAUGCUUCAGAAUAAGUAUUAUGAAAAUUCAGAUAAGAAACCACACAAAAUUUUAAUAGCUACAUAGCACAAUCAAGACUUGAAUGAAUGAAUUGCACCAGCCAGGCUGUUUGGACCAUCCAUUAAUUUUAAAAUAUGUAACAGAGGUUAUUCCUCAGUAAGGUAGUACCCCUUGAUGUGGACUGCACCUCUUUAGACUGAAGGUGGGAGCUCACAUGAUUGUUCCUUGAUACCAAAAAAAUCCCUGCACAUAGAAGAAGAAGAAGAGUUUGGAUUUGAUAUCCCGCUUUAUCACUACCCUAAGGAGUCUCAAAGCGGCUAACAAUUUCCUUUUCCCUUCCUCCCCACAACACUCUGUGAGGUGAGUGAGGCUGAGAGACUUCAGAAAAGUGUGACUAGCCCAAGGUCACCCAGCAGCUGCAUGUGGAGGAGCAGGGAAUCGAACCCAGUUCACCAGAUUACGAACUAGUCAGGGAGAAAGCUAGCCUUGCUUUGGAGAUUCUCUUUUGCACACAGGAACACUCAGUCAUGUGAGUCCCCCAUCUACAGUCUGAAGUAGUGUGGUCCAGAUGAAGGGCUGCCACCUCAGAGAGAACUAGCAAAGUGGUUAUGAAGAAAGCUGGCAAAAAAGUGUGGCCUCUCCCUUUGCUGCCACUGUUUUUAUGUAUUAAGGUUUAAUUAAAAUGGAGACUCUGGACAUGGGUUAAAAUGACAGCCUUUGUGCACAACCUGUACAAUAACUUUGGGGCGUGUUGAAUAACCAUUUGUUGAUCUGUUUGAAAGAUCAGCUUGGCAGAUGAUAUCCUUUCCAAUGAAGAGGUCCUAUAGGGGGUGUGGGGGUGGAGAGGAUAUGAAUGUUAAACUAGUUGGAGACAUCUGUAAUGCGGAUUUGGGAAGCAGUGGUUGCAUCCAUCUGGAAACCUUAAGAGCAAGUGUAUCUGCUUCAACUUUCCACAAAAAAGUGUGUGAUGUACAUAAGUCAGCCUUGUGUUUAAGCACUGGCCUAGUAGCCACGGGCGACCAGGAAUUACAUGCAGGUAAGUGAACUGGAAGAGGAGACACAUCAUGUUCCAUUCCUCUUCUGUAUCUAACAAAGAAACCAGGUGGGCUGUACCUAGUGUAGAAACACAGCAGGCUGCUCCAAGAAGGGCAGAACUCCCAAUCCCUCCUAAGUAGCUAUUUUGUGGGUUUAUUUACUGUGUUGACUGUUUCUUAGCCAAAGUCAUUCACUGAGGUUCUUAACCUCUGCAUGUACCCCAUUGCCAAUGUGAGCUCACAUGAUUGAAAUGGUCCUUCAUACAAAAAAUUAAUAAAGUUGCACACAGAAAACUAGCCAGUAUGGGUAGAAAAGAUAUUUCCCCUGACAAACUUGUUCUAUCUGCGGGGUCUUUUGUUUGUAUGAAGGCACAUUCAGUCAUGUGAACCCCCACCGCCAGUGUCUUAAGGGCUUAGACACAGCCUAACCACCUAAGCAACCAUGAGGCCUUAAAAGUUGAAUGACUGGAGAGACCUGUCAGGAGUAAGCAUGGACCAAUGGUACCAAAUAGUAUGGGAAACAGCCCUACUAGAAAAAUAAACUGAAACUGACACGGGGACAAACAGAAGAAGACGCCUCCCCUUUAUCACGUACACAGCCCAACAAGACAAUGACAAUAAUCCACCAACAGCAUACAAAUCAAUAUGGCUAACCUGAUCCAAAACACCCACCCACCCCACUCACACAUGAAAACAAAGACCACCACAGCCAAUCACAAACAAACAACCACACCCUAGGCCAACCCCAACCUCUCUCACCACCAAAGGAACACAAGUGAACAGCAGAGAACCGGCACGAGUAACGCUGACACCAAACCCUACAAAUAGAAAUAGAAACAUCGCCACCCGACCCCACCCAUCUUCCCCCCCUCCACCCCUUUUCUUCCUAAUGUCUCAACAAAUGAAACCGAUUUGUAAAAAUGUUACAUGGAAAAAAUAUGAGAGACAUUACACAUACUUCUGUAAAACAAGAAAAUCUUUUUUUUUAAAAAAGCUGAAUGACUAAAACUACCAUUUAUGUCAGAAUCUGGCAAUUUCAUCUCCAUAUUGUGAUACAAAGGGUCACUGCACAAAUUUUCAGUUUUUACUGGCUGCUUAAGCAUUUUUGAUAGCUUUCAGGUGUUUAUGCAUUGUGUGAAGUUGACAAUCAGAAAUGCAAUUUCCAUGAGUCUUAUGACAUUCCCCAGCCCCUAAAAUUUGGGGAAAUGGCUAUUGAGUGUACCUGAUUAUAGGAGAGCCAUCCUUGGAGAUAACAGGCUGUGUUCAGGUGGGCAAAAUGUAUUGCACAAACCAGUCAGACAGUAGCUGUGCAAAUCCAGCAGCAGGAGAGUUCAACCUCCUUUCCCUGAUCUAUUCUCUCCCUUUGCCUCCAUCCAGAUAUUCUAAUAUUGACUUGAAAACCCAAGAGGCCUACGAGCUGGCAGUGAAAGGAUUAAUUCGUCCCAUGGAGAAAAGCCCACCCUUGAUCACAGCAGUGCGAAGCCUCCAGUUUGCACCACCAGAAUUCCAGCUAGGUAUGGCUAGGGAUGUAUUUCAAAUCCCACGGCAGAUUUCCAAUUAUUAUUAUUUUUAAAAAAUUGAGACAUUUACAACUUUAGGGGUAGGAAGGACCAAGAAGCAAGUGCUAAAAGAGAUGUUUGCCCAUGAGAUCAGAAAGCAGCUGACAGUUCACAGCAGAGAAUACUAGCCCACAUGGACAAAUGGUGCAGGAGCUUCUCACAGCAGCCCCCCACUCCUAAGGAGAAUCCCAUAAUAGAGCCAGCUGUGUUGAUCCAUAGUCUUUGACUGUGUUCACACUCUUACCUGCUGAGUUCACUCAUCUAGGCAGUUAUUAUCUGGGCCUAGGGUUAUUAUGAAGAUAAAAUGGGACAGCCCUCAGAUCCGGAUUUUGGCAAGAGCCGCGGAGUUCUGACCAUUUAGCGCUAAAAUAAAUCUUUGUUGCAUCCUCCUUGUCCUUUUGGCUCCCUUCCUUUGGGGAAGAUUGGGACCUCCAUCCAAGGGAAGAACUUUCAGGGCAAUAUUUUUGCAACAUCACUGGGUAUAAGACACCUUCCUAGAUUUUCAACGGCUGGGAGAACAGAAUGGAUUUUCAUUGGGACUUCUAGUGACAACCGGUUGAAUUCAAUGCACUAAAGUUUUUAGCUUUGUCUAUUAAAUGCAAGUAAAACCAACAUGCCAAGUUAGAUCAUGCUCCAGUGUUUAAGAUAUCAGAAAAUUUUCUAGUGCUAAUUACCCUGAUUUCUGUAGUAUCCUUCCCCUAACUGGAAAGUUUUCGAGAUCAAACUUUUUUGGGAAACCCCACCUCACUGCCUGCUUGUAUUGACAAUUAUUUCUGUCCUCUUAGAAAUCCACUGUUUGCAUGAGACCCAGCAAUACCUUCGGAAGAUAGUUCACGAGAUCGGUUUGGAGUUGAAGUCAGUUGCUGUCUGCACACAAGUGAGGCGGGUACGAGAUGGCAUUUUCACUCUGGAGGAUGCCCUCUUGAGAACGCAGUGGAACUUGCAUAACAUCCGAAAUGCGAUCCUGAAGUCCAAGCUUAGAGUAGAAACUGAGAUACAAAAAAGCCUUGCUUAUGAGGGAGAGGAAGAAACUACGGCUUCUCCGGUUGCAGGUGAGACGCAGCUGAGCGAGGGGGAAGAUGCCUUGCUGCCAAGCUCAGUGAUAAAAUUGUGAAUAUCUUGUACUACAUGGAAAAUGGUUAAGUGCGGAUGUGGAAAGCACCCUGGAAUUUUUAUCCUUCACCACCUUGCACCUGAAGCUUGCUGCCCUGUUUCAAUCAGUUCUAAAACUCAUCACUCUCAAAACUCUCCUUCGAUGAAACAUUUGCAGUAUCUGAUCCUUCACGUGCGGAAAAAUCAGAAGCUGUUUCUGAACCAUGUGAAAACACUGCUUUUUAUCUUCUGUAGAAGCUUGGAUGUUUCAGCCAAAGGAUUUGUAGAACUGGUUGAUUUGCUGCAUAAAACAACCUGGCUGUUACUUAAAUGUAUUUAAAAAAACAAAUCCACCUGUGAAUUCCGACUGCAGUAUGAUGCUUUGAUUUAUUCAUAUUGCCAUGAUUAAAAUUCUGAAACUCAUUUAUGAGUUUAUUGUUAAAUUAAAGCCUGAAAAUGUGUGAGAGGGGUGGGUGGGUGGCAGUAGCUUCUGGUAUCACUCCAAAUGAGUUAAGGAAAUUUUACUAUAACUUGGUAUGACUAUUACUUGACAAAAUCUUGGUUUGCAGUCAUCCUGCAAAUCAGAAUUAGAAACUAGCUUGAAGUAGGAUUGUAAACCAUUAUUUAUGCUAACUAUGGUUUGGUGUGUUGCCUGAAUUGGCGAGGUUACUGCUGUCACAGAGGACAUGGGCACUGUGAUAAAUUGCCAUAUCGUUGAAUACCAGUAUUGAAAUAACAUUGUGAUAAAUGUUUCAAUAAGGCACUAUACCUGUGAACAAAUGGUGGAGACAUGACAGCUUCCCAGUGGGUAGCUAGGCUGAUUUGUUUGCUCUCUCCGAUAAGCCCUCACACAAACCAGCAACACCGGUAUCUUUCCACUUAAGGCUUGGUUAAUUAUGCAGAGCUUGCUAACAAUCCAGGAGGAUCCCCCCAUGGCUAGACAAUGAAAGUUCCAGUGGCAAAGUAAAAAAAAGAACAAAGCAAAUAAACAAAGAACUGGAAAGCAGUCUUUUUCCCUCACACUCACUGGUGAAAAAAGAGGCGGAAGAGUUUUUACUUUUAUUUUCUGGUGGUGUUUAUGUUGUUGGUUCCCCCUAAAUAGCUUUCCUCCAUAUUGAAAAGCGUUUUAAAAAAUUCUUUAAAGGAGACUAUCUUUUUGCUUGCCCUCCCUCCCUUUGAUAAAAAGGGAGAGACUGGUGGAAUGGGAGCUUUGUGGGUGGGCCUUCGGGGUGGUGGUGGUGGGGGAUAUAUGCAGUUUUAGAAGCACAGUGCUCUAAUUUAUUGUGUAUUCUAUUUGACCCAUUGCCCUACAUUUUAUUUCUAAAAGAAGAUUCACAGGCUAGUGGAGUCACAGUGUGAUUGCCACCCUCAGGAUUUGGGAAUGUCCACAUGCCUAGAUCACUUUGGUUUCCAUAUUAUUGGAAGUCUAGGACCAGGUUGAAGCCAGAAAUGUGCCCUAUUCUGGGAGAGGUAGAAGGCUGGAAAGCUGGCUUUACACAGUGUAAACUGCAAGGGGUUGGCUGGAGGUGUGAGGCAUACUAGUGUGGGAUUCCAGGAUUUUAACAAUUACCUGUAAUUGGAUAUCCCCAGUUUCCCCUUGUUUCUGAGGUUAGCUAUACUGCUGUGAGAUGCACCUUGUACAUUGCCUUCAUAGACCUGAUGAAGGCCUUUGACCUUGUCAGCCAAAAAGGGCUCUUCACACUCUUCAACAAGAUAUGAUGCCCACCUAAGCUCCACAAGAUGAUUGUGUAAGAUGAAGAUUCUUUGGAAUGUGUUUGCCAUUAUUAGUUUACUCUUAUUAUUGUAUAUGUAAUUAUUUGUUUUCUUUUUGUUAUUGAUGUUAUGCUUUGACUGAUAUUGUAUCUAAUUUCAAAACAACAAUAAUAAAAACAAAACAAAAAACCCAGUGCUUCAAAAGAGCAUAUUAAAAUUAAAUAACACAAAUUACUCCAAUGUGUUACUGUACGUUGAUUGGGACAAAAAAGGAGCCCACCUGUAAAACCCAUUUGGUUUACUUGUGAUAUGCUUUGUCCAAGGUGUGGUAUUUGUUUCUUAGGGUACUUUUUGUGAGCAGAAGGAAAACUGUAAAUGAUAUGUGGCUCAAAUUUGGGGACAACGUUUACUGUUGUGCAGGUGGCAAUAUCCUAGGAGGACUAUAUUGUGAAAACCCUGCAAGAAAAAGUGCACUAGGGAGGUCUGGAUUUGCACACUAUGAUUUUCUAUUCAUUU